UGUUGGUUUUUUUGUAGCAUAGAGAGAGAAGUGAGGCUACUUAGUUGGCAGAGGGUCUCAACUUCGUCUUUCAACCUCGGAAGGUGGUGAACUGGUCUGAACAAUUUUUGUCACCUUCCGAGGUUGUCACACUCGUCUUUUUUUUUUAAAAAAAAACGCCUACAAAUAAGAAAAAAGAAACAAAACCCUUCGGCUUUACUUAAACCCAAACAAUACUUUUACAGUCGCAAACAAACAUGAAUAAUCUGUGUCUAUAUGCUCCUCAUUCUCACUGCGUCUCCAUGAUGAAACUGCCGCCACCACCACCACUAAGUGCUCCAAAGUCACAGAUUUGGAGCUCGUUUAGUUCGUCUCAGAGGGAAUUCAAAGUACGUGCUGUUUCAACCACUGGGAAUAUUGACGCCUCCAAUUACAUUCCAAAGGCGCCGAUUUUUCUCCCCGAAGGCCCAUGGAAGCAGAUUCCUGGGGGAGUUACUGCCGCAGAGGGAUUCAAAGCUGCCGGUAUGUAUGGCGGUUUGCGUGCUAAAGGCGAGAAACCUGACCUUGCCCUUGUCACUUGUGAUGUGGAUGCCACAUCUGCAGGGGCGUUUACAACGAAUGUGGUUGCUGCUGCACCAGUGUUAUACUGCAAGAAGGCGUUAGACAUUUCAAAAACGGCACGUGCAGUGUUAAUAAAUGCUGGCCAAGCCAAUGCAGCAACGGGUGAUGCAGGAUACCAGGAUGUGAUAGAAUCUGCCAACAUGCUUGCUGAGCUACUUCAAAGGAGACCAGAAGAAGUGUUGAUUGAAUCCACUGGUGUAAUUGGUCAAAGAAUAAAGAAGGAAGCACUUUUAAAGUCACUUCCAAAACUAGUUGCUUUGCUCUCAUCAUCAACUGAGGGGGCAGAUUCUGCAGCAGUGGCAAUCACAACGACUGACCUUGUAAGCAAGAGCAUUGCAAUUGAAUCUCAGGUUGGAGGGAGAACAGUAAGAGUUGGGGGAAUGGCAAAAGGUUCUGGGAUGAUCCACCCAAAUAUGGCUACCAUGCUUGGUGUAAUAACAACUGAUGCCCUGGUUACAAGUGAUAUUUGGAGAAAGAUGGUGCAGAUUUCUGUAAACAGGAGUUUCAACCAGAUAACUGUAGAUGGAGACACUAGUACCAAUGAUACUGUUAUUGCUUUGGCUAGUGGGUUAUCUGGAUCAACCAGGAUAGCUUCUAUAGACAGUUACGAGGCAUUGCAACUCCAAGCAUGCCUUGAUGCGGUAAUGCAAGGUCUUGCCAAAUCAAUAGCUUGGGAUGGAGAAGGAGCAACAUGCUUAAUAGAGGUAAGUGUGGCAGGUGCAGACAGUGAGGCUGAAGCAGCAAAGAUUGCACGCUCAGUAGCAUCUUCUUCACUUGUUAAGGCUGCUGUUUAUGGCAGAGAUCCAAAUUGGGGGCGUAUUGCUGCUGCUGCAGGCUAUGCAGGGAUUUCUUUCCACCAAAACAAGCUUCGAGUAUUGCUAGGUGAUAUUCUGCUCAUGGAUGCUGGGGAACCACAACCAUUUGACCGGGCUGCAGCAAGUAACUAUCUGAGGAAGGCUGGUGAAACCCACAGUACAGUUAAAAUACAUAUAUCAGUUGGUGAUGGAUUGGGAAGUGGGCAAGCUUGGGGAUGUGAUUUAAGUUAUGAUUAUGUCAAAAUAAAUGCAGAAUACACAACAUAAAAGAACACUUGUGCCAUCUCGUAUUUAUUCUCACUUCAGGAUUUCCAAACAAUUAAACCCUCUUUAUCAUAUAUUGAUUAUAGGUUUAAUGUUCUGUCAUUGUUGUAUCUCAUGUAGAUCUGCUUAUGCAAAACAUUUUUCAACAAUCAACACUUGCAUGAUUGCAAAUAAAUUUUGGAGCUCAUUCCUACUAUCAUAAGAAAAAAUUAGGAGACAGUCUAGGAAAUCAAACAUCUGAACUGGGGGUCUCUGGUAAAAACUCCUAAUAAUCACUACACGAUAGUAGGAACGAUAACACAUUUGUGGUAAGUCUGCAACAGAAACAGAACCUCUUUUCCCCUUCCAAAGCAGCCCCGUACUUAAGUCUGAAUAUAAAUCUCUACCUUGAAAAGGAAAAGUAUCACCUACUUACAAGACUUGUGAAAGGCUUUGGAUCUGGAAACACUGAUUUAGUGAUUUCUGGUCCUUCAUUCUAGUUUAAUUAGUGGGAAUUGACGGGGCCAGGCUUCAGCAAAGCCAUCAAAAUGCUGGUUAGACUUGCAUGAAAACAAGGUUCUACCUGUCUGGAAACAAAAAGGACUUCACC